AUGCUAAAUAUCAUGAAGUCUCGGUUACAGAUCACAGACCUCAAAUACAUGAAUAUUAAAGAAGAAAACAGCAGUGAAGCAACCAAAAGUGAGUGCAAGAAGCUACUGGAGAAAAUCACUUUUGUUGUCUCCUUUAUCGGGCCAGUUCCAGAUACACAAAUUCAUUUAUAUGAACACAUUCGGCCCUAUCUGGAGCAUAGGCACAGAUCUGGCUGUUUGAUUGCUGUCUGUGGCAUUGUGGGCCUUGAGAGCGCUCCAGUGCUGGUUGCUCUAGCAUUAAUUGAAGGUGGAGUGAAAUAUGAAGAUGUAGCACCAUCUCUAAGACAAAAGCAGUGUGGGGCUUUGAACAAAGCAUCAUCUGAAAAUGCAGCUGUGCUUCAAAGACUCCAGUGGAGACAACUGUCUGAACCCUGCCAUCCCUUCCCUCCGCAGUCGGGAGUUCCUGGAGAUAAUCGCCCCAGUUACCACCGACAAAUGUCAGAACCUAUUGUCCCUGCAGCUCCCCCACCCCCUCAGGGAUUCAAACAAGAAUACCAUGACCCACUCUAUGAACAUGGGGUCUCUGGAAUGCCAGGUCCCCCAGCACAUGGGUUCCAGUCACCAAUGGGAAUCAAGCAGGAGUCCCGGGAUUACUGCGUUGAUUCAGAAGUGCCUAACUGCCAGUCAUCCUACAUGAGAGGGGGAUAUUUCUCCAGCAGCCAUGAAAGUUUUUCAUAUGAAAAAGAUCCCCGGUUAUAUUUUGAUGACACUUGCGUUGUGCCUGAGAGACUGGAAGGCAAAGUCAAGCAAGAGCCCACCAUGUAUCAGGAGGGCCCUCCUUAUCAGAGGCGAGGCUCCCUUCAACUGUGGCAGUUCCUGGUCACUCUUCUUGAUGACUCAGCCAAUGCUCACUUCAUUGCCUGGACAGGCCGAGGCAUGGAGUUUAAGCUGAUAGAACCAGAGGAGGUUGCUCGGCGUUGGGGCAUCCAGAAGAACCGGCCUGCCAUGAACUAUGACAAGCUGAGCCAUUCUCUACGCUACUACUAUGAAAAGGGCAUCAUGCAGAAGGUCGCUGGGGAAAGAUAUGUCAACAAAUUUGUCUGUGACCCGGAUGCCCUUUUGUCCAUGGCCUUCCCAGACAAUCAGCGUCCAUUCCUGAAGGCAGAGUCUGAAUGCCCCCUCAACGAGGAGGACACCCUGCCACUGACCCACUUUGAAGACAACCCUGCUUACCUCCUGGACAUGGAUCGCUGCAGCAGCCUCCCCUAUGCUGAAGGCUUCGCUUACCAAGUUUCUGAGUGGCUGAGCAGCCAAACCCUAGAGCUAGCAGUUCCCGUUCAGGCAGAUGAGGGCAGUGGUUUUGUUUGUGUUCUUGGCUGUUCUAAAGCUUGCCAUUUGAAUACUUUCCGGAGAGCCCAAGCCAUCUCUGGAUUUUUACCCUGA